AUGACCACGAUUAGAUUAGAAUUCAACUUCUGUCAACUUAUAGCUACCUACUACAAAUCAAUUUCCUUGAUAGUAUCGAUAAUUUAUGGAAAUACAAACAAUAAUAUAAGUAUAGACUGUUAUUACCCAGAGUUUUUGGUGACUGGAGAGUCUGGUAUCAAUGUAUUGAAGGCCACUAUAUCAUCUCUAGAGAAACAAAUUAACAGCCAGGCACAGUCGGCCUUACGUAAUGAAUUAGAAAUUAUUGGCGUCACCGAAACCCCUAAUGAAAACCUACAGCACAUUAUUUUACAAACAGCUAGUAAAAUUGGUGUAAGCUUAACGUGUGAAGACCACGAUUGGGUUAUGAGACCCGGAAACAGCUACGCUCAAGGCACCCAAACAUCAAACAAAAUUAUUCCUCGUCCGUUGAUUGUAAAAUUCAUGCGCAGAGCAAAAAGGGAAGAUUUCCUUAAAGCUGCUAAAACCAGACGUAACAUCACCUCUGCGGACAUCGAGAUUCAGGGGCCAGCAAGGAAAUUAUACUUUAACGAACAUCUUACAAAACAUAAUAGACUGUUUUUUCGAGACACAAGAUCAAGGGCUAAAGAAUCUGGCUAUAAAUACUGCUGGAUUAAGAACGGAAUUGUACACAUACGCAAACAUGAAGGGAGACCCGCCAUCAAGAUACGCAAUCUUUCUGACAUGCACCAUCACCUUGGCCUGCAUGAUGAAAAUGUUUCCGUUUGCUCAAUAAUUAAAGAUCGUAAUAAAUAAUGUUUCAAUUAUUUACCGGUACUUUGCUUAGUAAUUUAAUACUUAUGAGAACCUUUAAUUAUAAUAUCUUUCUAAAUAGUUUGACAAUAUUUAUUUACAAAAUGUAUAAAAUGAGUUCCAGUUGGGUGAUCUCUAUUAUAAACAAAUCACGUAUCUAUUGUAAACAGUUUCAUAUUUAUUUAUAC